GAGCCGCGCCCGGUGGAGGCGGACGGGGCUGCGGCGGGAAGGGCACCGGGGCGGCCCUGCCGAAGGGCUGGGUUGCGCCCGCGAAGGGGACCGUCUUGUGGCCCGGCCGCUUCCUGGUGGCCGGGCUCCGCGUCCCUGCCGGCGAAAGUCAAGGCAAAAGGUAAUUAGGCGCCUCGUAAUUGGAGUACAGUGGGUACGGUGCCGUCCUGGAGUGGCAGAGAUUGCAGAUCUCCCGUUUCGGCGGGUGCCAAAACCUUCCCUCCCCCUGAGGAGAGAACUGGCCCUCUGAGGGCUCGCCUUCGCCCGCGGGGACCUGCUCGACGCCACCGGGCCCCGCUGCUUCGGGCAUAGGACUCUCCUCGCAGGAUGGCUUUACGACGUGUAAAGGCUGCAUAAGGUGGUAUCUCGCAGCUGGAAGUCCACAGAACCUUCCUCCUGUCAUAAAAAGGUAGAAAGAUGUGACCUGACAAGUUAGCUGAAGUUAUUUCUCCACACAAAGAUGGGACUGAAGAUGGAUCAGAGGCCUUUUAAUGCCUCGGAACGUAAGGCAAGCUCCUAUGCUGUUGUAGACUGUGAUCAAGCAAGGAAGGAAGUUAGUGUCCGCGUUGGAGGAGUGACAGAUAAGACAUCAAGAAAGACUUACACAUUUGAUAUGGUUUUUGGAGCUCAGGCAAAGCAGAUUGAUGUAUACCGGAGUGUUGUGUGUCCCAUUUUGGAUGAAGUUAUUAUGGGCUACAACUGUACGGUAUUUGCUUAUGGCCAAACUGGUACUGGUAAGACCUUCACAAUGGAAGGGGAGCGGUCACCCAAUGAGGAAUAUACUUGGGAAGAGGACCCACUAGCAGGUAUAAUACCCCGUACAUUGCAUCAAAUAUUUGAAAAACUCACAGAGAAUGGUACCGAAUUUUCAGUGAAAGUCUCUCUUUUGGAAAUCUAUAAUGAGGAGCUUUUUGAUCUUCUGAAUCCAGCUCCUGAUGUUGGAGAAAGACUGCAGAUGUUUGAUGACCCUCGAAACAAGAGGGGUGUAAUUAUUAAAGGCUUGGAAGAAAUAACUGUACACAACAAAAACGAAGUCUACCAAAUCCUGGAAAGGGGUGCAGCAAAAAGAACCACUGCAGCUACUUACAUGAAUGCAUAUUCCAGCCGUUCCCACUCUGUGUUUUCAAUUACUAUCCAUAUGAAAGAAACGACAAUAGAUGGAGAAGAACUUGUUAAAAUUGGGAAGCUAAACUUGGUUGAUCUUGCAGGAAGUGAAAACAUUGGUCGAUCUGGGGCAGUUGACAAAAGAGCUCGUGAAGCUGGAAAUAUCAAUCAGUCUCUCCUGACACUAGGAAGAGUUAUUACUGCUCUAGUAGAAAGAGCCCCACAUAUUCCAUACAGAGAAUCUAAACUCACAAGAAUCCUUCAAGACUCUCUCGGAGGAAGAACAAAAACAUCAAUAAUUGCCACAGUUUCUCCUGCAUCUAUAAAUCUUGAGGAAACAUUGAGUACACUGGAGUAUGCCCAUAGAGCAAAGAACAUAAUGAACAAGCCUGAAGUUAAUCAGAAGCUAACAAAAAAAGCUCUUAUUAAGGAAUAUACUGAAGAGAUUGAGCGUCUGAAGCGAGAUCUUGCUGCUGCCCGAGAAAAAAAUGGAGUCUAUAUUUCCCUUGAAAAUUAUGAAGCCCUUAAUGGGAAGCUGACAGUUCAGGAAGAACAAAUAGCAGAGUAUAUUGACAAAAUCAGCGUCAUGGAGGAAGAAGUGAAAAGAAUCACUGAACUAUUCACAAUUAGUAAAAAUGAACUUGAACAGUGCAAAACAGAUCUGCAAAUCAAAGAGAAAGAACUGGAAGAAACGCAAAAAGACCUGCAAGAAACCAAGGUUCAUCUGGCUGAAGAAGAAUAUGUGGUUUCAGUUUUGGAAAACACUGAACAAAAACUUCAUGGCACAGCUAGCAAGUUACUUAGAACAGUUGAAGAAACUACAAAAGAUGUAUCUGGUCUGCAUGCGAAACUGGACCGUAAGAAGGCUGUUGAUCAACACAAUGCUAUCGUCCAAAAUACAUUUGCUGGACAAAUGAAUGUUUUGUUCAACAAAAUACAAGAUUCAGUUAGUGAAAACAGUCUGAAGCAGCAACAGAUGCUGAUAUCUUACACAAAUUUUAUAGGUGAUCUUCUGUCUACCAGUUCUUCAGCGGCUAAUAUUCUUGCAUCAGUUGUAUCAGCAUCUUUUGCCUCUGUUAAAGAAUUGGUGUCUACUGAAGUUUCUCACAUGUCCGAAAAAAUAACACAACAUGAGAAUCUGUCACUUGAUUGUAAAGCUGAGCUGCUGAGAUUAAUUGAGGAACAUACAUCUGGAUUAGGAAGAGCAUUAAAUAGCUUGACACCAAUGGUAGAAUUUGUUUUGGGGCUAAACUGUCAGUUUCAGAGUAACAUGAAGAAAUAUUCUGCUGUGGCUGACAAGAUGGAGGAUCAUAAAAAGGAAAUGGAUACCUUCUUUGGAGAUCUUUCUCUCACUCUGAAAAAAUUAUGGGAAGAAACAGCCAGUGUCUUUGCUCAGCUUCAGAAUGACUGUGAGAAUUUAAAAGAAGAAGUGGAAAUGACGAGGUUGGCACAUACAAAGAGUGCAGCUGAAUUAAUGUCCUCGCUGCAAAGCCAGCUUGACCUUUUUGCUCAGGAGACUCAGAAGAACUUAACUAAUGUACUUGCAAAGAAUGGAAGCUUGAAGACCACCAUCGCUGCUGUGCAAGAAAAUGUUCACUUGAAAACUACAGACCUAGUCAGCAGUACGACUUCCAAUCACAGCAAAUUUAUUGCAUCUCUGGAUAAUUUCUCUCAAGAGCUCAGGAUCAUAAAUGCUGAAAACAAGAUGGUGCUGGAAGAAUCCACUGACCACUGUCAACAACUUCUCAGUAAUCUCAAAAAUGUGUCUCAGGAUACUGAUAAAUGGGGUGAAUUUACAACUGCUCAGAUAGUUGACUUUACAAAUCAGCAGCUAUUGUCCCUCAAUGAUGAGAAACAGCAACUUCAGUGUUUACAAAAGAAAAAUGAAGACAACUGUGAUAAAGCCUUAGCUGAAAUUGCUGACCGAAUCAGCAGAGAAAAGGCUGUUGAAGAGAAGGUACUAAAUGGCCUUCUUGAUCAGAUAAAAGUUGAUCAGGAGAUACUUCUGGAGCAGAAGCUAACACUUAAUGAGGAAGCACAGCAUGGACUGACUCAGGUUAAUGGUUUCCUGCAAGAGGAUCUUAAAGUGGAUAUUCCAACAGGGACAACUCCACAGAGAAGAGACUACUCCUAUCCAGUCACACUUGUGAGAACAGAACCCCGGGAACUUCUACUAGAACAAUUAAGGCAAAAUCAGUCAAAGCUUGAUGCUCUGCUAAACGGUGUGACAAAGGAGGUGGAGGAUAAUGCAGAUCAGGACCUGUUGGAAGAGGAGGAAGGGUUGCAAGAAUCCGGUGAAAGCCUUGCUAGUGACAAAUCCUUAGUGGAUAUAAACAUAUGCUGCCACGCAAAUGCUGGUGUUCCCUUUUUCCAGCACAAAAGGAGUCACAAAAAGGAUAAAGAGAACAAAUCUGCAGCUACAGUGGAGAAGAACAAAAUAGAAGAUGUGACAGAACAGUUUCUUCCUAAAUCUAAGCCUCCUUUAAGAUCACUGAACUAAGAUACAUCCCCUCAAGAUCCCUGUUUUGAAAUACUUGCAUCUAGUUGUCUACUGAGCCAUAACUUUCAUUGGUUAUUCUCGGUCUCUGUAUAUACUGAUAUAUUGAUGCAAUGUUGGAUCAAAAAAUUGGCCUGCCACAUGUCCUGCCUUUCUCCCAUUUUUAUAUGCUGUAGCUUGCAAAGUAUUAAGAGACUUUUUUUUAAAAAAACAACUUGCAGAUUAUGGUGCUGUAAGUUAAAUAGAUUUUUAUGUCGUCAAGUAAGAGAUCCUUUUCUGUUUCUCAGUAGAUUUAAAACAGAGCAGAAAGGGAUGUGGAAAAAUGCUUUUUCAGCAUUACCAGCUACCAUUUUAUUUUUUAAUUAACUGUAAAUAAGUGUUCUGGUUUUGUACCUGCUUUUUAGUCUGAUUCCUGUUUCUAUGAAGUAGAUAGCUGUCUUUUGACUGGGACACUUUAAAUAAAUCAUUGACUUUAUGGAAAAAAACAUGUAUAAGCAUCUGCCUCAGAGUAAAACAAGCUUACAUGACUUUCAUCUUAUGUUACCAGGUUUAAUUUAGCUAAAACAUUAGCAGCUAUGUCAUAAGUCCUGUGCUGUGAGAAAAGGAUGGCUUCUUCCCUUAUUUCAUAAUAGACAAUAGCUUUAUUUCAGUGCCUCUUCAGAAUAUGAAAGCUAAUCUCAUUGCUGGGUUUUGGGUUUUUGGGUUUAGUUUUUUUGUUUUGUUUUAAUUUUUUUUGAACUCCACUGUUCUUAUCUUCCUCUUAACCUGCAGCUGUGAUGUGUUGGCUUGGAUAUGAUGUUGUCAACCACAGCUUAUGUAUUGUAAACUGGCAACAUUUCUUUUAGGAUGUAGAUACUUAACAUUAAAACGAUGCAAACCUGGUUACAAAUGCAGCUCCUAUGUUGUAUAGUAACAGUGAAUUUCCAGUAACUGCCAGUAGUAUUUGACCAGCUGUUCUUUUCAUGCUGCUUACCUGAGAAUUUGAAGAAAACUUCAAGCUAUGAUGUUCUAAAAAGUAGAUAAAUAGGAUUAUGAUGGGAAUGGGGAGAGACACUGCAAGGCAUCCUUAAUUUACAUUGAAGCAUUAUUCUUAGCUAAUUGUCAAAAACAUGAUUUAAGAGAUUGUUCAGUUUUCUAUAUCUAGCUUGCAGGCUUAAGUUGAUCUUUCUUCAAGGGUAUGGUCCAUAGAUAUAUUUUUCUUGAGCGAGUAUGCCAAACAGUUUGCUUUAGACAUUCAGACAGCACAUUGUAGUCCUGCUAGUAGAGACAGAAAGACAUAACUUUAAGUAUGCCCUUGCACCGAUUCUCUAAACUCUACCAUAGGAUGGACCAUUAAUCAGUUGUAUUUGUCCUACUAUUUAUCCUCUCUUUUGCUGCUGUGGGGAAAGCUAAUUGCUUUUUCUUAACAGCCUGAUACGAGGAGGGAAAGUACUAAUUCCCUUCCAAAUGAAUGAGACACAAAUAUGGAAAUUUUUUUAUUUUUUUUAGGGGCAUGUUAUGAUAUCUUGAUACCUAGCUUAUAUACCAAGUCUUUCUAUUCUUGUAAGGGCCUUGAAACACUGGAAGCUGCAGGACUGUCUCCUUCAGAGAGUAUUUUGUAUGUAGUCAAAUUCUGGCACCAGAAACUUAAUGGACUUAAGAAGUCUCCAGGGUCUAGGAUCCAUUUUCUUGCACCACAUCCCUGUUAACACUGACUAGAUAUUAGCAUGAUCUUCCAAGACUGUUCAAUAAAUCAUGUACUAACUAAACUUCAACCAGAAGAGUUGAUCCCACAAUUGUAUUGGAACGGCCUAAGCCCCAUACGAGAGGCUUGUGCAACUCUUUCACUCUACUACUUCAUUUUUUCCCUGUGGAGUUCACAGGAUCAGUAUGAACGAACAAACUGGAACAGCCAGUACCCAAGGAGGGCUGCAUCCAUAAAAUCAUGCCAGAAUCUAUGCUUCCUGGCUUUAUUCUCUUUGAAAUUGUCUCCUCUACCUUAGCUAUUUCAUUUCCCCUGGUACAGGCACAGGCUGCUUUCCUGGUAACUGGGAGACUUAACAGCUGUAUUAAUUUCAUGGACUAGUAUUCUUUCUCUUUUGAUAAAGUACGCCUCAGAGUAGUAUUUUCUUUUGUUUGCCAUACCGGCAUGCCAGAUCAUUGUUUCAUUGGCCCUGGUGUCUGGAGAUCACACCAGAAAGCUGAAGAGGAUGAAAAAUCUGGAUAGCAGAACUUGCUGUUGGCUUCUUUGUCCAUGUCCCUUCUCCCACUAGAUGGCUCUAACACUAAAGCGUUAGUCCAAAGCUCAAGUACUGGCCACUAACCAGGACUUAGAAAUAAGCAUUUUGCCAAGCUUUUUGUCAAACAUCUGUUAAAAGAACAGGUUUCAAAAAAUAAUAUCGAGUUUACGUUUCUACGAGGAUAAUUCUAUAUUCAAGCAUGGACAAGAGGUUGUUUUAUGAAGAGCUGCAUUUGAGAAAAAGAUGGUCCAACCUACGUCUUGAGCUUUGCUGCAGGAGCGAUAGACACCCUCAGGAACUAAAUUCUUGGCCUGACCUGCCCUUUGGAUUCACCACUGUGUGGGCAUUGCCCAAAGUGGAAAGCAACGCCUGUUUGUUUGGGUAUAUAUUGUACAAUGUAUGACAGAAAGAGAAAAGGAGGGUAAGAAAAAUAAAGCAAGAGUCAUUUCUUAUACGUAGGCACUGGAUUUGCAGGUCUAACCCAGAGGGAAGAAACUGCAUAGUCCAGGUUAGUUACAUGGUGGUUUGAAGUUGUCUCAUUAUAAGGCAUUUUUUAUAUGAAGCGCAGGAAGCCAUUUCCACAGAAUAAACAGCAAGGUCGUAUCCUGACUGAAUUAGCUCAGCUAAGCAUGAGGCAGAGUUGUGGUGACUGGGGCUGUAGUAUAUGGCCUAUAGUGUUCUAACUAACCUGAUGAGUUUUUUCAGAUUCUGGAUUAGCGGACACAUAGGACAGCUCUUGAGUUAACAAAAAACCCAAGUAGGAUUAAUGCAACGUGGGGAAAUGAAAUGAGGAAAAAAACGAGUUUAAAUGCAUGUAAAGGGCGAAUGCAGAGAAAGCAAUAAGAGGACUACGGGAAGCACAGAUAAUCAGAGCCACUGCCUUGCUUUUCAAGUGAAAAAUGAGCAGUUAGGAGGAUAAUGGAGGAAAGGAAACUUCCUGCUUCCUUCUGGAAACUGGGGAGCUGCAGCACUUGCUGCAUCAGAGUUGUUGGGGGAUGCAGUGUUUAUUCGAAGACAGGAAAGCUGACCGGCUGCUAUCGAUGGCUGGUUUUAUUUUGGGUAUCAGAAGUGAUUGUGGGGGGCUAGAGAGGGGUGAGGAGAAGGUGUAUAGUUGCUAGACUCUGCCUUUCUGUUAGGUGUCAGUCACCAUUGCAAUCAUCUGGUAAAUGGGGAGAGAAAACAAGAGGAAGCCUGUAACUCUUUGGGGUGAUAAAAGAAAAAAAAACUAGAAUGAGCUGCAAAAAUAAAGUUUAACAUUCCUUUUCCAUCAAAAAGAGAUUGAAGAGAAAAGAGUUCUAAAGUUCUAGAGCAUUAAAAACAGGGGAAAAAAAAUUUAAAAUAUAUAGUUGGUAAAUAUAUACUUUUAAAACAAGUGUUUACAACCAUUUGACUACUAUUUUUUUCUUUCCCUGUUAGAAACUCCUUUUUAUGGUAGAGGGCAGUGCUCUAUAAAGUGCACGCCCACCCACACAGUUACUUUAUGAAGUUAAAUAGCGAUAAAUCGUGCUCGGCUUUGCAUUAGUAGUGCUUUAUGUGACAUGGUAUUAUAGGUGAGAUGUAGACCACCUAGCAAAGGAGGCCCUUCUUGUAGGUUGAACGCAAACUCAAUCCACACCGGCAUUGCUGUGCUCAAUCUUGAAAAUGGUAAAAGUAUGAACACAGUGCAGUGAAGCGAAUGUUUAAAUCCCUGUGUUCAGAAUACUUCUAAAAUCACCUCUGGUUACCCUGUAAAGGGUCCAGCUACCAAAAGGAGAGCACGUUGUAACUAUACAAGUGCUCUUCAGACAAAUAAAAAGGAGCGACUGCUUGGUCCAGGAGCCUCCUGUCAGGGAAGAAGUUAGAAACAAGCUGCCCUUUUCAUAUGAGGUCUCAAAAAUGUUCCGUAUUUCCAGUUUUCUAAAACUUUGAGAAGACUGCCAGUUUUCAGGUGGCACAAAGUUAGAUUUUGUAAAAUAAUGGAUAUUAACUGGAUUGUUUCCUCAUUCUCUAAAAUACUAAACCUAUAUAAAUAUUCCCGUGACUUCCUUAGUUAUACUUGAAAUGCUUUUGUGACUGUUGGUCUGUUCAUAACCUAAACAUUGUAAUUAAAAGAAUGAGACACAAUGACUAAAACUUUGAAAUUGAC